UGUAUUACAUGCAUAUUGGCUUUGAAUAAUCAUCCGGUCUUUAACAGUUGACUCUGGCCAAUAGUGCUCUGCUCAUAUUAGGGAGAAGUUAGAAAGCCCCAAAAAGUGACAUAAGAAACCAAAUUCUGCCACUUAGCCAAUUCUGCAACAAAGAUGAAAUAGCAGCAACAUAUCAGAUCACAUGCUAUCAUAUUAUGUAUACUAUGAGAAUAUUUCUGUUAUAUAUUUUUGUUUCAACAAAUGAAAUCUUUUACUAACAGGAUGUCACGUAGUCGUUUACUGCCCUCUACUGGCAGCUCUAACGUUGCUUUUUUCAACAUCAGCCACCUCUGUGGAGGGGGAUCUGAUGUGAUACUUAUUUAACUUUCAAUAAAAUAGUAAAGGAACAAACAAACGUUUGUGAUGCACGCAAAGAAAACACACACAAUCGAUAAGAUUGACCACAAUUAACUAAACCGGAUGCAAACUAUUUUGUUUUGAAAAUUACAUGAAAAAAACUUGUUCAUAAAUGUGUAGAGACAAACAGACAAGCUGUGAGGAAUGAACCAAAGAUGUAUGACUGAGUCUUGACAUCAAUUCCCGUGUCCCACCUGUGUACACUGCUGUGUUCAUUCAGCAGUGGUGUGUGUCCCUGGAGCUGGGACCGCGUGGAUCUCUGUCCCACUGCGCAGAAAACACCAGAUCGACGAAGAUUUAUUUUUAUUUUUUAUUUAAUGUCCACAAGCCAUAUAUUAGGAGACUGUGACGUGGAUCACCGGUCUUCUCGAGAGGGGGACACGUGACGCAGCGCGGAGCCAGAAGUCCCAAAGACGAGAAGUCGGUUUACAGAAUAAAUAAAGUAUAAAAUGGCACUUUUGUCUACUUUAAUGACGGGGGUGAGUCGCUUCGGCGGAUCAUAUGUUAAUUCCAAAGAUAUCGCAGGCUUUAAUAACUUUAUUUAGCACGACACGCAGAUUGCGUGUCUACUCUUAUGUUUACGGUAUGUUUCCAGUUCGUCGAGUCGUCACCACAAAAUGCACAUUUUCACCUCACAAUGAGAAAUAUUUUGAAAAUAGAUGUUUUUUUUUAUUCGUCGUACAACACAUUUAAGAGAUUUGUCAUUUUAUAGGCAACUGGAAACAACUUGCUCUUAUUCAACACACGUGCGUACAUUACGGUACAGAACCAGUGUUUACAUGAGGCCGUACCACAGCGGAUGUUUGGAGCAAUAUUCAGCCAAUAUUGCAUCUGAGGAUGUUUAAUCAUCUCAAAUAUGCGGAAUCUCCUGCUGUUUGAAGGAACCGAGUACAAUUUUCCCUCAACUGAAACAGUUAAAUUAUAAUAAGUCUAGCCUUUGUGGAAGUGAAACCGGAGUUUCCAGUUCCUUAUUUCCGCAUCUGCAUGUAAGCUGCUGUGCUCCUAGGCACAAGAGACCGUGGUGCUGGACGGGAGAGACUUCUGCUUCAAGUCUAUGAAGUGUGAUUUGUUAAACGCUACCUCUGGUUUUUGAAACAAUGCAUGUCCCAUGCUCCCUCCUCGCCCUUGCGGUGAUCAUAACUUGCGAUUUGAUGACGGAAAAGCACCAUUGCCUGGCCUCCCAGAAGAAGACCUCAUGCAACGUGCAAGGAGGCAGAGCUGACUGCAGCCACCUCAGCCUCACUGCGGUCCCUCCUGACCUUCCCAAAAGCAUCACCAGCCUGGAUGUGUCUCACAACAGACUGAAGACGAUUCCCCCCGCGUCACUCACCCCGUACCCGGGCCUCCGCCACCUCAGCGUCGGCUACAACAGCAUCGCCAGGCUGGACCGGGGUCUGUGCCAGACGCUGCCUCUGCUGCAGACACUGAACAUGGAGCACAAUGUGCUGCACGUGUUUGAGGAGGAGGACCUGAGCCACUGCACCAAUUUAACACGAUUGGUAAUGGCUAGCAAUAAGCUGAAGCUUCAAGGGGAGCCCUUCUCUGCACUACAGAGCCUCAGAGUUCUUGAUGUGUCCAAAAACAAACUGCAGUCGGCGAGGCUCGGCUCACGGCCUCAGCUGCCCAGCCUUGUGAGCCUCGACCUGGCAUUCAAUGACUUCACCACCCUGAAGAAAGACGACUUCUCGUUUCUUAGUCAUUCGCCCUUUCUGCAGGUCCUCAACAUGUCAUCCGUGCCACUGAAAACGUUGGAGGCUGGUUGCUUUAAGCCCAUUUCAGGCCUCCGUACCUUAAUCAUGGACGGAAGUAAAAUGGGCACGCGUGUUAUUUCUAAACUGUGUUCGGAGUUGUCGGAGACGGCCAUCGAUGCCUUGUCUCUUCAGAAGACCGAGCUGGUCACACUCACCGAGGCGGCCUUUACAGGGCUACAGAAGACAAACAUAACCUUUCUGGAUCUGUCCCGUAACCGGAUGGGCAAAAUUGAAGGCGGCGCAUUCAGUUGGCUGUCCAGACUUCAGACUCUGAUCUUGACGGACAACAAUAUCAAACACCUGACCAACAAGACAUUUCGGGGGCUCAACAGUUUGAAAACACUCCAAUUGACAAAAGCCAUGGUGAAAAGUCGCCCCGUCCCGAUCAUCGAGGAUUUCUCCUUCCAACCACUGAGCACCCUUGAGAUUUUGAUACUGCACGGAACUGCCGUCCAUGAAAUUACAGAGCACACAUUUGCAGGCUUGACGAGUCUUCGGGAACUGGAUUUGAGCCGGAUGAGUUGUACCUCGCUCAGAAUCAUCACCAACAAGACGUGGGUCCCACUCGCCGGAUCGCCUCUCACAAAGCUGAAUCUGACAUGGACGGCGAUCGCGAAGAUUGAGCCUCGAGGCUUCUCCGGUUUGAGAAACCUCACCACUCUCGUUCUGGAUUUCAACUUCAUCAGUCAAACUCUCACCGGCACAGAGUUUGAAGGCUUGGACCAGGUUGAAGAGAUUCGCAUGUCAGUCAACCACCAGACGGUCAAUCUUAACUCCCAAUCUUUUGUGAACGUGCCCAAUCUGAGGAUCCUGACUUUGGCGAAAAGUCUCACAGCCGAAGCAGUGAACAUGGACCCCUCUCCAUUCAGUCCGCUGGCCAAACUCACGGUCCUGGAUCUCAGCAACAACAACAUCGCGAACAUCCGCCUGAAUAUGCUGGAGGGGCUCGUGAACCUCAAAGUGCUGAAGCUCCAACAUAAUAACUUGGCCCGCGUGUGGAAGAGCGGAAACCUCGGCGGCCCGGUGCUGUUUCUCAAAAGCACACCGAAUCUGACGACCUUGCAAAUGGACAGUAACGGGCUGGAUGAGAUCCCAGCGGAGGCUCUCAGCGGGUUGGGUAACCUGCGUGAAAUCAGCCUGGCCAGCAACCUCCUUAACUAUCUGAAGGACUCAGUUUUUGACCAUCUGAGCUCACUGCGGGUUUUAAAUCUACAAAAAAACCUGCUCACAGCGGUAAGGCCGCAGGUGUUCCGAGCUCCUUUGCGCAACCUUAGCCUGCUUCUCAUGGACAGAAAUCCCUUUGACUGCACGUGUGAGAGCAUGCAGUGGUUCGUGAAGUGGUUGAACGACACAAAUGGGACGAGAGUGCCCCUUCUCAGGGACCAGUAUUUGUGCAAUACCCCGCUGGAAUACUUCAACCGCUCUGUCAUGGACUUUGACACCCUCUCCUGCAAAGAUACGACCCCAUUUCAGGCUCUUUACAUAGUGAGCAGCACUGCCGUCACCAUGCUGAUGGUAUCGGCGCUCCUGGUGCGGUUCCAGGGCUGGAGGAUCCAGUUUUACUGGAACAUAUUGAUCGGUCGCGCAUUAGGAUUCAGCGACGCCGAGGUUGAGGAGGGCAGGGAAUUUGAGUACGAUGCUUACGUCAUCCACGCGGAGAAAGACGGCAGCUGGGUGGAGAGGAGGAUAGUCCCCUUAGAGAAUGACACCUGCAGAUUUUGUUUGGAGGAUAGAGAUUCGGUCCCCGGCAUGUCAAAGCUCGAAUCCAUCGUGGACAACAUGAGGAAGUCCAGAAAGAUCUUGUUCGUUGUCACUGAGACUCUUCUCAGAGAUCCAUGGUGUCGGAGAUUUAAGGUCCAUCAUGCACUUCACCAGGUCAUUGAAUCCAGCAGGGACUCUGUGGUGCUGGUCUUUCUGCAGGACGUCCACGACUACAAGUUGUCUCGCUCCCUCUUCCUCCGUAGGGGCAUGCUGCGUUCAUGCUGCGUCCUGGACUGGCCCGUCCAUAAGGACAGGGUGCCAGCCUUUCACCAGAAGCUCCUCAUAGCGCUGGGCAUGACAAAUCGAUUGCAGGAGUGAUUGUGUUUCAUUGGUAGGAAUUAGAAAUGAAUUAUGAGUAAUAAUAUUUACCCAUGUCAGUUUAAUUAAUUGCAACCGCUUGCAGAUUGUUUUGCCCUUUGUUUGAAUAUUCCACUAGAUGUUCCGUCGGCCUUAUUGCAUAUAAACUGCACCUUAGUGUCAACAAGAAUGUAUUUAAGUGCUAAUGAAGGAAAGGUGGUGCUUGCCUGCAGACACAGCACCUUUACUUGGCUUUCUGUGUUUGUUUUUCUAUACUUAUUGUUAUACUGUUCAAGUAUUGUAAGUUAAAAAAAUCAUCAUGUUCUUCAAACAAUUCUCAGUUGAACAGUUACAUUUUGACAAUUCUUAGUCAGCAAUUUACAAUAUACACUUCCUAACAAAUCUAAAAUAAAAACUUUCAAUCUCAUCGAAUAUCCGUGGUGCGUUGAAGGGCACACACACACACAGCUCAGAAUGGAUUUAGGUUCAGAUUCAGGUUUUAUUCAGUAAACUGCUGAAAGCAGAGCAUAAAGGCCAAAAUGCUUUUUUGAAGUCUUUUCCACAAUAUCAGAAAGACAUCAAUAGGGAGGAAUGUUAAAAUACACCAAGUGAAAGUCUACUUGAGAGAAUGUGAACUCUCGCCAGGUAACCAAAUGUCUGAACUCAUACAAAUAAACCAUUUAUGACCUUAAGGUCUGUUGACAUAGUGCCACAGAGAUAAUCAUUUUAUGGGGCCCUUUAAAGGCACCACAAACUACAUGGCAACAAACAAUACAUAUGAUAACGUACAGAAUAAAAUCUUAAGGGUGAGUUAAUUUAAUAAACAGUCGCAACUUUUGCCAACAAAUGUUUUAAGUAUUAAGUAGGACGUAAUCAUUUUGCAAUAAAAAAUAACACACACACACACAC